CUAUGCCUCCAAAGCGAAAGACAGUGACUGUACUUAAAGAAAUAAUAAAAAAGAAGCAUCAGACACGAUCUUCUAUGAAUGAGACUGAUAUUAUAGACUUAAAUCCUACACUUCAACCAAAGAAAACACAAGUUAGGCAAAUAAUUAUUGAUAGUAAUAGUGAUGAAGUGAAUCAGAUUCAAGUGGUGAAUAUUCUGAAAACUUUGAAAAUAAAUGCUUAUGACACUGUUAACAUUUUAUAUAAUAAAAAUGAAAUUGAAGAGAAUGAUUGGAAAGAAAGAGAACUGG